AGUAUCUAUUAAUUAAUCUGUGACUGUUUGUUUGUUCUGUUCUGUCAUUCCGGACUUUGAUGUGAAUUGAUUGCUGAAAUUAAAAAUUGAAUUACAGCAAUAGCAAAAGGAAAGUAAACGAAGAGGCAUAGAAACUUCAAUAAAUUAAUUUGCUAGCAAGUAUCCAUUUGUUUGGCUAAAAUGAAUUCUGAAAUAACCGCAUCUCCACCUUUAGUGACGUGGGCACAGAGAAAUUCUAAUGUGAUUUUAACUUUUAACAUAGAAUGCGAAAAGCCGGAUAUUAAAAUAGAGAAAAAACUAGUUUCCUUCAGAGGAAUAUGUACGCCGGAACAGAAGGUAUAUGAAGUUGAAAUACCAUUGUACGGAGAAAUAGAUCCAGAGAAGAGUAGUCAUUUGAAUAAGGGUAGGGUCAUCGAGGUAGUAUUAGCUAAAGAGCGUCAAGAUGAAUCGUUCUGGCCUUCGCUGACGAGUGACAGGAAGAAGCACCACUGGCUGCGAGUGGAUUUCAACCGUUGGCAAGAUGAGGAGGAGAGUAGUGAUGAUCAAAUGAACUCUGACGGUGAUGUGUUUUCUAAACCCUUCGCAGAUGACUAUGAAUACAACGACUCGAGCUCUAAUGAAGAGGAGGAUUUGCCUGAUAUACAAUAAAUCCAAAAAAAAAUAGUCCAAUAACUUAAUUAAGUGUGAUAUAUAUUGAAAGCAUUGUUAUGAUGUGUUUAAUUUAAUUACUAUACAAAAUUAGCAUGUUUGUAAUCAGAUGUUAAGAUGCAGCUGGACUGGAAUUUGUUGGUUAUACUGUUACUGUCAGUAUUAUGAUUUAAUAUCAGUUAUAAACAGCAAAAAUAUUAAAUCAAAUGUUAAAAUGAAUAGUCAGAGUUUGCUUUAAAUAAAUUGCUUGAUAGUUUAUACUACUUAAUUUUUAUUAAGUAUUUUAGGUUUAUUUUAAUAUUAACUUAUCUUUGCAUUUUGUAUGCUAGGUAAAAGACCAGAUGUUUUUAUUAGAAAUGCAAGAAUGUAUGUGUGAGUGCUACUGAUAAAUUCUAGAUUGAAUAUUAGAUAAUCAGGAAUAACUGGGUUUUAAACUUUAUUAUAAUAUACAAUUUUACUGAUAAAGCCAUAUUUUAGUUUUUUUUUUCCAUUUGUUUUAAUUACAGUUUGUUUCAUGUAACAUAAUGCGGAUGACAGUUAGUUUUACUCUUGAAAGUUUGCCACAAUUCAUGAUAAUUGUAUGUAUUAUGAACAUCAUACUGGCAUCUUUCACUGUACCCACGCUAUCUGAGUAACACUAGGUAGUUUGAUAUGUUUUGUAACUUAUUGGACUUAAACUAACAUUGUCAAUUUAUAUCUAUAUAUAUAGGAAGUGGUUUUAAAGAGCUUUUUUAUGUUUAUUACAUUUUUUUAUAAUAUGUCAUUCUAUUUUUAUGAAUAUCAAAACAGAAUAACGUUUUUAUUUUUACACAUGUAAACUAAGUACAUUAACAAGUAUGUAAGGCUGAAUACUGGGGCAAAAAUGACAUGAACUUGGUGCAUCUGGGAUAUAUAUGUUAUGUUCUUUUGACAGUCCAAAUGCUAUAUAUAAUUAUACUGGUUUAGAAUAAAUUUUCUUACAUAAGUACAGUUAAAUUCUUGAUGUGAUUGCAUGUAGCUGUAACAAUUGGGUAGAUUUACUGUGAGAUUUAAUUUCAUUCUACUCAUGAAUAAGAUGUAAUAAAUUGAGUUACAGAUUUUAAAAA